AUGGAAAACAGGUUAUUUAUUCUCUCAGGGGAGGGCUAUGUUAGGCAAGCUUUUUUAUCUGCUCAAAGUUGCUGUGAUUCCCUGAUCAGAGAGAUUGGGGAGCUUUUCUUCUUCUUCGCAUUUUCCGGGACCCGGUUUGAGGCCCAUUACGCUGUAUAGUAUAGUACUCGUAUAGUAGAAAGCGUGCUGCACGCCUUUGAAUCUCGAUGAAUGUAUCUGUUCGUACCGGUAGUAUUUUGUACCGAUCCUAAGUCAACCCAAGAUAACCUAUCACAUUUGAAAGCGAGCUCUUUUCUUUCCAUCCUUCUCACUUGCUGCCGGGUCCCUACAAGGGAGCAGAGGGAAAAGUGAUGGGGGGUGGUGGGGGUUGUUGAAUUGUGAUGGGAUGGAAACAGGAUGGAAGUGUGCUAGUUUAGGCUGAUCCUGCAACAUGGCGCUGACAAGCUUUUGGCGGCGUCCUUUCUCG